AUGGAGGGAGUAGGUGUGGUUUGUAAAUGGUCUCAGUGUCUCGCUCCGGCGGCGUCGAGGAAGACGACGCCGGCGAGAAAUUCGACGAACCGAAGUUCUAAUUGCUCGAUAUCCUCCACGGUUAACUUACGUACUGAUCUUGCUGCGUAUCGUCCACAGUUCCGUCUUUUCUCUCGCCAUUCCAUCUCUCGCCGGCGUCUUCCCGCUUCCAACUCCGCAGAAUCGGGCAUCUUCCUCCCUCACCUCGUCGCUUCUAUGGUUGGAGAAAUCAUCUCGAGGUUUGAGAAGAAGGGGUUUAAGUUGAUUGCCCUUAAGAUGUUCCAUUGCCCAAGAGAAUUGGCUGAGGAACACUACAAGGAUCUUGGUGCCAAGUCAUUCUUUCCUAAACUGAUUGAGUACAUCACUUCAGGUCCAGUUGUGUGUAUGGCUUGGGAGGGUGUUGGUGUUGUUGCGUCUGCGAGGAAGCUGAUUGGAAAAACUGAUCCUCUUCAAGCUGAACCCGGUACCAUAAGAGGAGAUCUUGCUGUUCAGACUGGAAGGAACAUUAUCCAUGGUAGCGACAGUCCUGAAAACGGAAAGCGUGAGAUUGCUCUAUGGUUCAAAGAAGGAGAGCUAUGCGAGUGGGAUUCAGCUUUGGCUUCAUGGCUAAGAGAGUGA